CGAUACAUAUAUAUCAACUACCAUCGCUAGGAAAAACAACAACAAACAACAACGUCUGUGGUUUACGUGCGUGAAAAUUAGUUAAGUUUUGCUAAAAAACCACAUUUAACGCAGUCCCAAGUACUCCAUAUGCUGCAGGGCAGAAUUGGGAAAGCGCCGACCACCUGGAGGACGGAAUUCGUUGGUCGAAAGUAGCCGUAGAGCGUGAAAUUGCGAAAGUGAAAACGGGUCAGGUGCUGGGAGUGAAAAGUGAACAAAACCCACUAAACGCCACUGAACGGGUGCCAAAAUAGCGAAAUAAAGAGGAAAACCCAAUAAAGACAAGCCUAACAAGUUCAUAAAUAAAAUUCACACAACUACUACUUAGUUUAGGGCGAUUUCCUUCGAAAAACAAGGUGGCCAAAUCAAACAAACUGAAUCGAACACCCACACACUUUCUCGGACAAAUUGUGUAUAUUGCGUUGUGUGGUGGGGAGAGCUCGGUGGGUCAGCGGAGGGAAAGCGAGGAAAAGCCACCGAACCCAUGUCCUACAUGAUGGCCAAGACGCUGGAGGAGCAGAGCCUGCGGGAGUGCGAGCACUAUAUCCAAACUCACGGCAUCCAGCGCGUCCUGAAGGACUGCAUCGUCCAGCUAUGUGUUCGUCGCCCCGAGAAUCCAGUGCAGUUCCUGCGUCAGUACUUCCAGAAGCUAGAGCGGGAACAAGUCAAACUGGAUGCCAGUAGACAGGUAAUCAGCCCCGACGACGCCGAAGAUCUCAGCCCGAUGCCACAGACAGCAGCUCCGCCCGUGCGCCGGCGUGGCGGCAUUUCCGCCGAGCCCGUUACCGAGGAGGACGCCACCAACUAUGUGAAAAAGGUGGUGCCCAAGGACUACAAGACAAUGAACGCCCUGUCCAAGGCCAUUGCCAAGAACGUUCUGUUCGCCCAUUUGGAUGAGAGCGAGCGAUCGGACAUCUUCGAUGCCAUGUUCCCCGUGAAUCACAUCGCCGGCGAGAACAUCAUCCAGCAGGGGGAUGAGGGUGACAACUUCUAUGUCAUUGACGUGGGCGAGGUUGAUGUUUUCGUCAACUCGGAACUGGUCACCACCAUCAGCGAGGGCGGCAGCUUCGGAGAACUGGCGCUGAUCUACGGCACCCCUCGGGCUGCCACCGUCCGGGCCAAGACCGAUGUCAAGCUGUGGGGCAUCGACCGCGACUCCUACCGCCGCAUCCUGAUGGGCUCCACCAUCCGCAAGCGGAAGAUGUACGAGGAGUUCUUGUCGCGCGUCUCCAUCCUGGAGAGUCUGGACAAGUGGGAGCGCCUCACCGUGGCCGACUCGCUGGAGACGUGCUCCUUCGAGGACGGCGAAACGAUUGUGAAACAGGGAGCCGCCGGCGACGACUUCUACAUCAUCCUCGAGGGCUGUGCGGUGGUGCUGCAGCAGCGCUCCGAGCAGGGCGAGGAACCUGCCGAGGUGGGACGUCUGGGUAGCAGCGAUUACUUUGGCGAGAUAGCCCUGCUGUUGGACCGACCACGGGCGGCGACUGUGGUGGCCCGCGGGCCGCUCAAGUGCGUCAAGCUGGACAGAGCGAGAUUUGAACGUGUUCUGGGACCCUGCGCUGACAUUCUCAAACGCAACAUCACGCAGUACAACAGUUUCGUUUCGCUGUCCGUUUAAGCCACAACGACAGCAGCAAGCAACACCCGCAACAUAAUAGCAACAAACAGCAACAGCUAACCGACAAACAACAUCAACAACAACGCAGCGAAGGAUAGUAGAAUGAUGAUGGGAAGAAUAAGAUUAAAAAUAACGCUCAGAAGCAGGUGUAAAAACCCUAAAUCGUAAACCCUAUAAGUGUGUUAGGUUAUUUGCUCGAUUCUGAGAGAGAUUCAGAAUCCGCGGGCUGGAGCAAAGAAACUAAAUUGUUAAUUAAUUGAUUCUGUAUGUUGUGCUGAAGUUACAUUUGUAUGUGUGUGUCUCUGUGUAAAGGUUGCAACAGCAUGUUCCCCCCAAAAACUUUACCUUCACUGUACUUUACUGAAGAUCCUGUAUCCUUCCAACUCUCGGAACAUGCUGGCUCCCGCAAAAGCAAAACAAAAAGAGUUCUUUUCAAUAUCCAACUGACAUCUGAAUGUUUUGAAGAUAUUUAAACGAAAAAAAUAAUAAUAAUAAUAUUAUAUAUAUGUGUAAUUGUACAACAAAGACAGAAGCAACAACAACAACAACACACAGCACAGACACACACACGCACGCCAACCUCGCACACUCUCAUACGAUCGAAAAGGAUGUUUAAGGAUAACGAUGGAGUUUGGAGUAAGGAGGAAAAUUGUAUUUCGCUUUCGUUGAAUUGUCAAAGAAGAAGAACAACAUCUACAAUUUUAAUAUUAAUUUUUAGUAAAUUAUUUUUAAACCUAAAGCUUAGCACAAGAAGUGAGAGCGAGUCAGAGCAGUCGACUGCCAGGCAUUCACAUGAAAAUUAUUUAAAAAUAUAAACAAAAAAACCAAUUAACAAACGA